AUUUGCCAUGAACAUUCUUUCUAUUUACAAGAUGGGCUUAGAUGACGAAGAUCAGGCCAAUACGAACUUAUAUAUCGAUGAAGAUGAUGACCAAUGGUCCGAUGUUUCUACAGAUAGCGAAAUGAUUGAUCAGAGCGAUUUUAGCAAUGAGGACUUAGUGUCACUUUACAUACAGGUAACAAAACCGAUUGUCCGCCAAAAUGAAACUCGAAGAAAGUUAAAGAGAUCGUCAAUUCGUCGUUUAGUCGAAGGACGUCAUGUUAAAUUAUCACAAUCGUCGGUGACGAUAAAUAAUAAUACAGAUAAAUUGUCAUCUCCGUGGGAGAAAAAUGAUUUUUUCAAAGCUUAUUGUGCUAUUGAUGAUUUACCUUCAGGCGUGGAUGACGACGAAGAUUCUGCCGAUGAAGAAAAUUAACGAGAGUCAAGUUUAUUCAACAGCGAAUGUACUUCAGAAAGACUAAUAGAAAAAAUGGCAAUGAAUGUAAACGAAGGGACUGCUACAGAUGAAAAACGGGCUCUGAAAGAAGUGCUAUUUAGGAUAGUUACUAUGGCCAAGUGUUUCAUGGCCGAAAAAAAAAAAAUUAAACAAUAUGUGUUUGUUAAAUAUUUCUUUAAGUUAUUUAUUUAAAUCUUUUUGGUCAAAAAGAAUUAUGUUCUUCAAAGAAUAUGAAUAUAAUGUAUAAAUAGAAGUAUUGAUUAUCUUAAACGAGAAGGUUAAAUAAGAGACCAUUAAUGUGGACAUAAACAGAGUAGCCCACUGUUAUUCCAUUUUAUGAUAGUGACGAGUAUAUUAUCACUUAUGGACUAUGCAAAUUAUUUAGUAAGGUUUUCUAUAUUUAAUAAUCUUACAACUCCAUGGAGUUGUAGGGUUAUGUAUCCCGUUAAAUAAAAUAAUUUAUCUUACUGCCAAUUUAUAUUUCAGCAAGAUUUUUUAACUGCAUCGAUUGCAAUAAAUUAUUUGAAUUGAAAAACAUUGAACAAGUUCUAAGUGAGUUCUACAAAAUUAUUAAUGAAGCCUUUCAAAAUUUCGUUUCAUUUUCUAAUAACAAUAAUACAAAUUUUACUCAAUGGUUUAAUGUUGAAUUAAAAAAGAUGAUUUGUAAUAAAAUAGAAGCCCGUAAAAGGUAUAAAAUAACUGAUAAUAAUGAUAAUUAUUUAAAAUUUUUGGAAAUCGGAUGAAAAUUUAAAAUAAUGUCCGUAAAAAUGUUACGAUAUAUUGAAGUCAAACACAAAGACACUUGAUUAGCAACCCAAAAUAUUUUUGAAAGUAUAUUAAACAAUUUAAGAAAAAUCUGCCACCUAUUAUGUAUUAUAAUAAUUCAAAUGAUUUCAAAAGUAAUAUCUUCCUUGUUUAGCAAUUAUUUUUCAGCAGCUUAUAAUGUAAAUAAUAAUAUUAAUGAUAAUUUAAUAUAAUUUAGAUGAUUUAAUAAAUAUUUCCCACUGUGAAAUAAGUCUUGCUGACAUAUUUGACGGCCUAAGUCAACUUGGUACUGGACCGGUACAUGGUCUUGACUAACUGACAGCAUUAAUCUUAAAUAAAUGUCGGUACUCUCUAUCAUAUACAAUUUUUUACCUAUUUAAUUUGUCUUUUAACGGUGGCUCUUUCUCUAAUAUAUGGAAAUAAAGUAAUAUCUCCCCAAUAUUUAAAUCAGGGGAUAGGGGAUCUAUUUCAAAUUACCGGCUUAUUUAUAAAUUUAGUUUUCGGGGAAAUUUCUUGAAAAAUUAGUAGAACCAAAGCCAUGUAUUAAAAAAUGUGUUAUACAAUAAACAAUAUGGUUUUAGAACUAUGAAAUCAAUAGAGUCUAAUGUGAUAACAUAUUAUUCAUUCCUUGUAGAAUCUGUAACAAUAGGUAAUAAAGUUGAUUCAAUAUACAUAUAGAUUAAAAAAAACAUUUAAUUCAGUUAAUCAUAAGUUAUUAAUAAAAAAAAUUACAAAAUAUUGGAAUGAAUAUUCCCU